GACAGCUUCCGGCUCCUGGCUCCUGGGCCGGCCCCUGCUCGCCCUUCCCCGGGUCACUUCAAGUAACUGGGAGUCAGCUUGAAAGUAAUGGAACCUUUUUCCUGUGACACUUUCGUGGCAUUGCCUCCAACAACAGUUGAUAACAGGAUUAUUUUUGGAAAAAAUUCAGAUAGACUCUGUGAUGAAGUACAAGAGGUAGUUUAUUUUCCUGCUGCAGUUCAUGAUAACCUGGAAAAACAUCUUAAGUGUACUUACAUAGAAAUUGAGCAAGUUCCUGAAACAUAUGCUGUUGUCCUUAGUCGCCCAGCAUGGUUGUGGGGAGCAGAAAUGGGAGCCAAUGAGCAUGGAGUUUGCAUUGGGAAUGAAGCUGUAUGGGGAAGAGAAAAAGUUUGUAAUGAAGAAGCACUACUGGGGAUGGACCUUGUCAGACUUGGCCUUGAAAGAGCUGAUACAGCUGAAAAAGCCCUCAAUGUCAUUGUUGAUUUAUUAGAAAAAUAUGGCCAGGGUGGAAAUUGUACAGAGGGUGGGAUGAUUUUCACCUAUCACAACAGUUUCCUGAUAGCUGAUAGGAAUGAAGCCUGGAUUCUGGAGACUGCAGGGAAGUACUGGGCAGCAGAGAAAGUGCAAGAGGGAGUGCGUAAUAUUUCUAAUCAGCUGUCUAUAACAACCAAGAUUGAUCGGGAACACCCAGACAUGAGAAACUAUGCUAAACGGAAAGGUUGGUGGGAUGGUAAAAAAGAGUUUGAUUUUGCUGCAACGUACUCUUACCUUGACACAGCCAAGAUGAUGAGUUCAUCAGGAAGAUACUAUGAGGGCUACAAACUUCUAAAUAAACACAAAGGAAACAUAACUUUUGAGACAAUGAUGGAAAUUCUCUGUGAUAAACCAAGUGGGAUUAAUAUGGAGGGUGAAUUCCUGACCACUGCAAGCAUGAUUUCUAUUUUACCUCAAGACUCCACCCUUCCUUGCAUUCAUUUCUUUACAGGAACUCCUGAUCCUGAGAGAUCUGUUUUUAAGCCUUUCAUAUUUGUGCCACAUAUUUCACAACUGUGGGAUACCUGCUCACCAACAUUUGAACUUGAAGAUCCAGUUAGAGAGAAGCCACAUUUUAAGCCUGACAGAAGACACCUACUCUACCAAAAACAUCAACAGGCAUUGGAAGUAAUAGAUAAUAAUGAAGAAAAAGCUAAAACAAUACUGGACAACAUAAAGAAACUGGAGAAAGAGCUGUUCAAAGAAAUGGAAUCAAUCCUUCAAAAUAAGCAUCUCGAUGUGGAUAAAAUUGUUAAUCUCUUUUCUCGGUGUACAAAAGAUGAGAUUAAAAUUUAUACAUCAAAUAUUAGUUCUUAGUGAUCAUAUUAAUGGUUGGUAGUCUUCCUGAAAGUCAGAAUCUUAUCACUUUGACAAAUAAUACAAAUCUAAUUUAAGCAGAUCUGAUUAUUCUUUAUUAGCAGUCCAGUGAUGUCUUGACUAUUAAAAUUGCGUAUCAUAUUGCUGAAAUACUGAGAAAACAACUUUGGAAUUAGAUAUAGAUAUCAUGGGAUAGCCAUGUGUCACUUCAGAUGAUAGACUUGCAUCAUUUUCUUUAGUCACAAUAACUUGUUUGUCCUAAUAAUUAAGUACUCAAUUCUGCAUAAUGAAACAUUAAAAUUAUCCAUACAUGUGUAUUUAUUAUAAUUAUGUAGUACCCUCCAAUCAUUUUCUCAGUUACAUCAGGAAAGGAUAUUUUUCUUUAGUAACAGAAAACAUCUCAAGUGGUGAGAUUUUUGUGCUUUAGGCAAAUAUUAAUCAGCUCUAACAAGAAAAUUUUCUAGAUUUACAUGUUAUCUUUAUCAUUAUAGUAUAUUGAUUCUGCAUUUUUAUUAAAUUCAAACAUGCUGUUUAUUAAGCUUUGGCUUAUUAUAGCUCUAAUUAUCUAGCAUGUUUGGGCCAUUGCCCUUAAGGUCUUUUUCUUUCUUUUUUUUUUUUUUUGUAGAGACAGAGUCUCACUUUAUGGCCCUCGGUAGAGUGCCGUGGCAUCACACAGCUCACAGCAACCUCCAGCUCCUGGGCUUAAGCAAUUCUCUUGCCUCAGCCUCCCGAGUAGCUGGGACUACAGGUGCCCGCCACAGCACCCAGCUAUUUUUUUGUCGCAGUUUGGCCGGGGCUGGGUUUGAACCUGCCACCCUCGGCAUAUGGGGCCGGCGCCCUACUCACUGCGCCACAGGCGCUGCCCAAUGGUCUUUUUCUAAUUUAUCCCAGAUUUAAUAUGAAGGUACAAAUGAUUCAGUUACAUUGUUUGCAUUUCUUAGGUGCAGUUCAAGUUGGAGUUGAGCCAUUCACCAAGGGGUGUGCUGUUACACUCUUACGUUGUGCACAUUAGAUAAGAGCACACCAAUCCCCUCCUCUUCCCUUUCCUUUCUUUCCUCCCAGAUCCCUCCACUUGAAUUUAAUUUUGUUUUUCUUUUGUGUGGGCAUGUAGUUAUCUGUUGGUUUCAUAUUAGUAUUGUGUACAUUGGAUACUUUCCCAUUUUUGUGAUACUUUAUCCAGGUUAAUACAAAAGAUGUAAAGUCCCCAUCUUUUUUUUUUUUUUUUUUUGCAGUUUUUGGCCAGGGCUGGGUUUGAACCCGCCACCUCCAGCAUAUGGGACCAGCGCCCCACUCCGUUGAGCCACAGGCGCCACCCCAAGUCCCCAUCUUUUUUAUGGCUGAAUAGUAUUUGCAUAUCACAGUUUAUUAACCAUACAUGAGUUGAUGGGAAUGGCCUUUUAUAUGAAUAAGAUGUUUCUCAGAAGAGUUUGAAAGAUUAGAAGAUGGUAUAAAAGAACCAUGACCUUAGGAGAUACUGAUUUUGAGUCUCAAAUUACUCUUGUCUUUUACUUCUAUUUACUUGGUAAAAAGAGAAAGAGGAAGAAGGUAAUGGUAAUGAAAUAGAAAUAUUAUGAAUAUUGUAACAUUGUGAAUAUUAUAAUGUAUUAUGAACAUUAUAAAUGGAUAAUAUCUUCCUAAUUUUUUAAAAAACUUUGUUAAAGUUAUAUAAAGCUUACUAAGUAAGACUCAAAAUUAUAAGUAUAAACAAAAGAAAAAUCCAAUUUGGUUCGGCUCCUGUAGCUCACCCAGCUAAGGCGUCAGCCACAUACACCAGAGCUGGUGGGUUCGAAUCCAGCCCAGGCCUGCCAAACGAUGACAACUACAACCAAAAAAUAGCCGGGUGCUGUGGCUGGUGCCUGUAGUCCUAGCUACUUAGGAGGCUGAGGCAAGAGAAUCACUUAAGCCCAGGAGUUGGAGGUUGCUAUGAGCUGUGAUACCACGGCACUCUACCCAGGGCGACAGCUUGAGGCUCU